ACCCUUUCUGUCUCCAUCCUUUCUCCCAUCGCAGAAAACCCCCCGCCCAAACACAGACGCCAGCGCUUCUGAUCAGCCAUGUUCUGGAAGUUUGGUUUCCACGCACAGUCGGCCGUCGAGAAAAUCCUCGACCGCCAUGUCUUCACGCUGGAGAACCUGCUUGACGAGGAGGACGUCUUGCAAGAGACCAAGUCCAACAACAAGCGUCUCAUUGAAUACUUUGCCACGCCCGAAGUUCUUGAGCAGCUCAUCAAGUACACCGUGAACCAGCCUGACGAGGCUCUGGACGAGCGUGAACAGUACAAAUACCCGAGCCUUGCGGCCGAAAUCAUCUCGGCAGAAGUCUGGGCCAUCUGCGAUGGCAUUACGCAACAGCAAAGCCUGCUUGAGACGUUGUGGAACUUUUUGGACCAACCCGCGCCCCUCAACCCGCUUCUCGCCUCGUUCUUUGUCAAGGUUGCCUCCACUCUGCUCUUGAAGAAGCCUGCCGAAACCCUCGAGUUUGUUCAAAAGCAGCCCAAGAUGCUCGACAAGCUGCUCUCGCACAUCGGCACGUCCGCCAUCAAGGAUUUGUUGAUCCUGAUUGCCGUCGCCCAGGACCAGCCCGAGAAGGAGACGUCUUUGCACUGGCUGCAGGAGGAGCGUUUUAUUGAGCGGUUGAUUGAGCUUUUGGACGCCAAGUAUUCCGACGACGUCCACACCAACGCUUCUGGUGUGAUUGUCGAGAUGAUUCAAGCUUGCCACGAUCCGAACUUCUCGGCCCCACCAGUCGAGCUCAUUGGCAUGUUGCAAGAGGAAGCCAACAUCCAUCUGCUGUUGGAUGUCAUGAUGACCAGCUCGUCGUCGCUGAUUCAUGGCCUUACCGUUAUUCUCAACAUUGUCGACCACGACCGUGAAACGCCCCAAUCUGUUGAAGAGCCCCGAUCAGGCUCACCCACGUCCAUGGAGGCUGAGGCUGCUGAAGGACGGCAGGCCUUGGAACCCGCGCGCGUUCUGUCAUACGUUAUUCCUCGCAUCAAGGACUUGCAUGCCAUGCUCCUCGAUCAGGCUUCUUUGGCCGACGCACAGCCCCUCAAGCUCACGUCGGGCGUGCUUCAGCGUCCCUUUGGCGCCACUCGCCUGAAGAUUGUCCGCUUCCUGGCGAUGCUCUUCCGCUCCAGCAAUGCUGAUGCAUACAAGGCUCUUGCCGAAUGCAAAGCCCUUGACACUGUCUUGGACCUUUUCUUUGAAUUCCAAUGGAACAACUUCCUGCACGCACUUGUUGAGGACAUUAUCCGUGCCAUUUUCACUCCGCAACCGUCCUCGACUGAGCGAAACGAGUUUGAGCAGCUGCUUGUUGCCGCGCUCGACCAAGGCCGCGUCCUCCAACGCAUUAUCGAUGGUUUCUCGGCCAACCUGCUCGAUAACGGCAGUGUUCUGAAGCACAACCGACAAGGCUUUAUGGGUCACUUGACCAGCAUUGCCAACAUUGUCUCCGAGUCCUUGAAAGAAGAUCGUAGCAGCAUUCCUGACGUCAUUACUGCCGAAACCCUGGCUGCUUGGAAUGCCUUUACCGAAGGCCCACUGGCCCAGCUCAACCAUCUCAAUAGCCGAGAGCUUGGUGGCCCGCGGCCCUCCGCUCUGGACGACAGCGAUGAGGACGAUUUCCUCGAGCAACACAUGGGCGAUGACGACAACACCCAAUCGGCCUUCUCACACUACCUCAUUGAUCAACAAUCAAUUGAGCAGCAGCAUCACAGCGCGCAGUUCAACGGCGACGAUGACGAUGAUGACGAGCAUCAAGUGUAUGGCAUGCAAGAUCCCUUCGGAAACGUCACCCAAUACGACCCCGACGACCGCGAACCUGGCUCGCUUGCGUUCAACCGAGCACGGCCGUCGUUUGGCGAUGAUGACGACGAUGACGACGACGACGAUGAGGAGGAGGACGAGCACGAUGAGGAAGAUGAGGAAGACGAUGACUCUGAGGGCAAGAGCUCUGGCGACGAGGACGAGAGCAUUCGCAUCAUGCCUCCGCUUUCGCCUGCAGAGAAUGACGAAGCCGAGCCAAAGAUGCGUGAGCGCGCACGUGCUUUUUCGUCAGAGAAUGUCCACGCCAUUUCGUCUGGCGAGGAGUGGAGCGGUUUUGAGCAGUUCAAGCCGGAGCCGGCGGCGGCAACUGAGGCGCCUGCUCCGUCCCAAGUCCUGCUGUUGGACACAACUCCAGCUGAGGACGAGUCGGACGACACGCACGUACAAGAAACUGUCCCCGAAAGCGAGGGUGCAUCGCUCGAUGUCGGCAUCGAGACUUUGCCUUCGCACAUUGUUCUUGCUGCCGCCGCCGCUACCUCUGCUGAGGAGGAGCCCGCUGAGGAGGAGCACGCCGAGGAAGAACACGCUGAGGAGAAGCACGCCGAGGAGGCUGUUGUUGAAGCUCAAGAAGCUCCUGUCUCUGCCGAAUCCGAGCCUGUGGCUGAGCAAAAGUCGUGGGCUGAUGUUGUUAAGCAGCCUCAAGAGCUCGCUUCCGAGCCCGUUAACGGAGCUGCUGCUUCCAACGCGGACGAGGAGGACGAACCCACCACGUCCGAGUGCUAAUAAUAUUCUUCAUUGUACUUGGCCUGCGCGUUCGAGCAGGAUGGGUUUCUCCUAGAUUUUUGCUUUUAUUCGCCCUUCUUUUUUUUUCCGUAUCUUUCUUAGCCCGCUGGAACUGCUGUUCGAGCUCACUUCUUUUCCCAAUUUCUUCAAAAGCUAAUCCCUCCGUUUUGUCUCCUCUCUUUCUCUCUCUCUCUUUCCUAUUUGUCUUCGUCUUUUCCUGUUUGUGUGGUUGUGCUUGUCAUAUUUUGUUUGUGUGGGUUUUUUGUGUUUGCCAUGCCUGUGUGAAUUAUUUUCCAGAGCAUGUAUUGUGUCCUUGUUCUCCUUUUUGUCACUUAUUUUCGACGUUCAACCUCGUCAUCUCAUGUACCUCUUUUCUUUCUUUGGGUUUUUUGUCCUUGCUCGUCUUUUGUUUUGUUUUGUCGCCGCCACCACCACCACCACCAUUACCCCCUGGUUGGGCUUGGACUCUUUCAGUGCUCCAGCUGUUUAUCGUUGUUGGCACUUCGUUCGCCUGUGAAUGAAGCAUUGGAUUGAUUGCUUUGUUGUUUUUUUUUUUUUGCAUCUGUUUGUGCUUUCAUAAACUUUACUACUU